AAGAAAGAAGAAUUCUACAGGCAACUACAGGCAACAAUGGACAAUACUCCAGCUGGCGACAUGAAAAUACUAAUGGGAGACAUGAACGCCAAACUGGGACCAGACAACACAGGAAGGGAACUCAUCAUGGGUAGAGAAGCUCUAGGAGAAAUGAAUGAAAACGGAGAACUCUUCGCCGACUUCUGCGCCUUCAACGAACUGGUGAUUGGUGGCAGUGUAUACAAGCACAAAGAUAUCCACAAGGCUACAUGGGUGUCACCAGACGGGCAAACCAAAAACCAAAUCGACUUCAUCUCAAUCUCAAGGAAGUGGAGGCGCAGCCUACUGGACACAAAAGCAAGAAGAGGAGCAGACGUUGGCUCAGACCACUAUCUCGUACAAGGGACAAUCCAAAUCAAAUUAAAAGCUUUCAGGGAAUCAGGAGCUGCAGAUAGACCACAAGCCAAGUUCAACACUCAAAAGCUGAAGGACCAGGCUACAAAGGACAUCUUCAUUGCAAGCAUAAAGGACAAAGCCGAGACACAAAUCAACACCAGCGAAAGGUCAGCGUCGAAAAGCACUGGAACAACUUGAAAACGGUGUGGAGCCAAACCUGCAUAGAAAUUCUAGGCAGAAAAAAGAGACAGGACAAACAGUGGCUCACUACGGACACUUGGAAACUAAUAGAAGAGAGAAGGACAGUGAAACAAAAGAUUAUCCAGUGCACUGACGAGCAACAAAAACAGGAGCUGAAUGCAAGCUACAAUACACUGAACAAAAGAGUGAAGAAGAGUGCCAGGGAAGACAAAAGAAAAUAUUAUGAAACCAUGGCAAACGAAGCAGAACAAGCUGCAGGCAAAGGAGACCUCGCCACACUCUA